AUGUCUCUUAGGCCUAACGCGAGCGAAACACGCAACACUGUCGAUGUACUGAUCGUAGGUGCAGGACCAGCAGGACUGAUGGGAGCAUAUGCGCUUGCCAAAGCCGGAGUGUGUGUUCGAAUUAUUGAGAAAAGAGCUACAAGAGUAGCUGUGGGUCACGCUGACGGGCUCCAGCCACGUACAAUGGAAAGCUAUGGCUUGCUCGAUCGGGUGAUGAAAGAGGGCAACCAGCUGCGAACGGCCGCCUUCUACAAUCCAAAUCCAAAUAAGCCUGGAGAAAUACAGCUUUCCGAACGUGUACCUUUUUUCAAGCCUAAUAUGCUUGACCCACGAUAUGACUUCGGGGUCACUUUACAUCAAGGCGCAAUAGAGCAAAUAUUCCUGGACAACAUGCAGGAUAUGGAUCUCCAAGUUGAUCGAAGCACCAUACCUAUCGCUAUUGAGGUCAAUGAGAACUCAGUUUCAGACCCGGAUGCUCAUCCUGUGACAAUUAAAAACGUAGAUUCAUCUGAAACGGAAGUAGUUCACGCUAAGUAUGUUGUUGGUGCUGACGGUGCACAUUCCUGGAUCCGUCGAAAUGUGCAGAUUCCCGUGGAUGAAUCUUCUACACCUUACGUCUGGGGCGUUGUUGACCUAGUUCCCGAGACUGAUUUUCCAGAUUUUCGAAAUUGGGCAGGGAUACGUUCUGACAGUGGUUCUUGCAUGAUUAUCCCUCGAGAACGCGACAUGAUUCGCAUAUACGUUCAGUUGGAAGGACAGAAUGCUAUUGAUGCCACAAAGGAAGCAGCAGAUGGGAGUAAAGUGAAAAUGGGCCCGGAAUGGAUUUUGGAUGUUGCGAGAAAGACACUAUAUCCUUUCACAAUUGUCCCUAAAUCAUUUGAAUGGUCUUCAAUCUACACGAUCGCCCAAGGAGUCGCAUCCAGAUAUUCCGUGCGUGAUCGGGUAUUCAUUGCUGGCGACGCUUGCCAUACUCAUUCACCCAAAGCCGGACAAGGAAUGAAUGCAAGUAUUAAUGAUACAUAUAACCUUGCAUGGAAGCUAGUAUGGGUUCUGCGUGGCUGGUCCAAUCGCACGCUCUUAAAAACUUAUGAGUUUGAAAGACGCCAGUACGCACUAGACCUAAUUGCCUUCGACAAAAAAUUGGCCAAACUCAUUUCGGAAAAGACCCACAAUGAGUCGAACGUGAAUGGUGCCAUGCGCACUGCAUAUAUGUCAAUGAUUCAAAAGAGUACUGAGUUUUCGAGUGGCAUUGGCGUCCACUACUUGCCUUCUGACAUCGUCGACAUCAAGAAUCAAGGCCUAGCCAGCGGUAUUGUCAUUGGGAAACGAAUGCCUCCCGGAACGGUAGUUCGACUGUUGGAUUUCUGUCCGAUCCAUAUCCAUGAUCUCCUACCAUCCGACACACGAUUCAAGAUAUUGGUCUUUGCUGGUAAUGCGUCGAGCUCUGCUCAACGCAUGAGACUUCAGCAGCUUGCAGUAAAGAUUGGUAAUUUACGCUCCCUGCUAGGCCUGGACAUUCUUCCGGGAAAUAGCAGUCAAAGCGGGCUUGAUGUGCUGACCAUACUAAGCACAAAACUAGAGCUGGCAUUGUUCAAGGAAUUACCCUUAAAGCUGCGAUCUCAUUGGUCUAAAGUUUAUGUUGACUACAUAGAUACGAACCCUGGCACAGACCACAUUCAAGUUUAUCAAAACUACGGUAUUGGGGUCGAUGGCAUCCUGGUUGUAGUUCGUCCAGAUGGAUAUGUCGGUGCAAUCGCUACGAUUGAUGACUUCGAACACAUCAAACACUAUUUUUCAAGCUUUUUAGAGACACCCAAGUAA